AAGAAAAUCGCUCUGGAGCUACUGGAGACAGAGCAGGCUUACGUCAACCGACUCCAUCUUCUCGACCAGAUAUUCUAUACAGAGUUGAUGAAAGAAGCCAAAAAUGGGAAGACAGUCCCGGAGGAGGUGGUGAAAAUGAUCUUCUCUAACAUCUCCUCCAUCUACCAGUUCCACGCCAAGUUCUUCCUGCCAGAGCUGCAGAAGCGCAUGGAGGAUUGGAGCUGCAACCCGCGGAUCGGGGAUGUGAUCCAGAAGCUUGCGCCGUUCCUCAAGAUGUACGGUGAAUAUGUAAAGAACUUCGACAAGGCCGUGGAGCUCAUCACCGUCUGGUCAGAGAAAUCCCCGCCCUUCCAGGAGCUCAUUGCUGACAUCCAGAAGAGGAAGGUCUGCGCUAACCUAACGCUGCAGCACCACAUGCUGGAACCUGUGCAGAGGAUUCCGCGCUAUGAACUCCUCCUGAAAGAUUAUGUCCGAAAACUGCCACCCGAGUCCCCAGACCGGGAUGAUGCAGAGAAGGCCCUGGAGAUGAUUUUUAUGGUGGCCAAGCACUCAAACGCAGCUAUCGCUGAGAUGGAACGGCUGCAGAACCUCUGGGCAGUCUAUCAGCGGCUGGGCCUCGAGGACGACAUCGUGGAUCCCUCCAACGAGCUGAUCAAGGAGGGGCCGAUCCAAAAAGUCUCCACCCGCAACAACAGCACAUCGGAGAAGUACCUGUUCCUGUUCAACAACAUGCUGCUGUACUGCGUGCCCAAGGUCAUCCAGGUGGGCGCUGAGUUCCAGGUCCACCUCCGCAUCAAUGUGGACGGCAUGAAGGUGCGGGAGCUGAACGACACACAGUUCCCUCACACCUUUCUGGUCUCAGGAAAGCAGCGGACGCUGGAGCUGCAAGCUAGGUCUGAGGAGGAGAUGAACGCCUGGAUCGAGGCCUUCCGAGAUGCCAUUGACAGGAAGGAGAAGAGGAGUGAGACCUUUAAGACAGCGGUGCAUGGGCUGGAGACAGGCACCCCUGCGUUGAAGACAGAGGAGCUGGGCCGCCGAGCCCCACAGUGGGUGCGGGACAACCUGGUGACCAUGUGCAUGCGCUGCAAGGAGCCCUUCAAUGCCAUCAUGCGCCGGAGACACCACUGUCGAGCUUGUGGAUACGUGGUGUGCGCUCGCUGCUCUGACUACAAGGCUGAGCUACAGUAUGAUGGGAACCGCCUGAACCGCGUGUGCCAGGAGUGUUAUGUCUUCCUGACGGGCCAUGUGGUGCUCGAGGACCGGGAGGGGAAGCCCAAAGGCAUCCUGGAGAAAGGAGCUGCAGAGGUAUCAGGCAGGAGUUUGCUGUGCAGUUCCCUGCAGCUGCUGGACAAGAACGGCAAGGGGGGCACGCGGGGCUGGUUCGUGAUCCCGCAGGAUGAUCCCCUCGUGCUGUACAUCUACGCGGCCCCCCAGGACGCCCGAGCACACACCUCCAUCCCGCUGCUGGGCUACCAGGUGAGGGACCUGCCCCAGAGCGAUUCCCGCCACCUCUUCCAGCUGGCGCAGUCCCGGCAGGUCUACACCUUUGUGGCCGACACCGAGGAGCUGAAACGGCGCUGGAUGAGGGCCAUGGCGCGCUCCGCCGCGGGGAUCACGUAUGCGGAGGAGGGCGAGGAUGCGGACUCCUGCGACGAAGCAGAAUGA